AUGUUAUUAGGUUCAUUCAUUCUUAUUUUGGCCCUUUCCGCAAGCAGCGCUGUUGCUGCCGGCGAAGCUCCAGGCAAUCCCGAAGAUAUACCUAAAAACAAAGUUCAAGAAACACCUGAAACCCCAUUCGGGAUAACAUUUACUACGCGGGAAUCGGCGAAUGCAUUCCUCAAAGAGCACUUUCCCCGGGAUGUGGUAGUCGUUUACUUUAUCACAUUGGUCGACAGGGGGCAUCGCGACUACCGCCCUCAUAUGGGUGAUAUGGAAGAAGAGGUGUUGAAACGUUUCCGGAACCGGAAUGUUAAGAAACCUGGCAAAUUAUGGAUGACCGAGGACAGAAUGAAGCUUGCGACCAGGAUGAAGGAGGUGAUACAGCACGGAUUGGGGGACAUUCCGCCCGACACCAUUGUCAAGGGCGAUGAUUUAACCAGAGUCCUGAACGCGCCCUGGAAAAGGGUUGAGGGAUGGAUCGCACUACGAGCAGGAAAUCAGGAGUACCCUACCGUCACGUGGAGCCCCGACUUUGUUCCGUACGAAGAGGAAUUUCAAGCUAUUCGUGAUCUUUGCCGCUUUGUUAACAACUGUGUCAGGAAAGCGAUCGGAAAGGAUUUGAAGGAGCGUCCUACUCCUCUUAUACCUGUUACUGCCCCUGGCCCUCAUUCAAAGCCCGGCCGAAUUCCCAAGGCCCGUGGCAGCUCGAUCGCGCGUCCUGACUGUUGGUUAGGUCCUGCGCACUAA